CCGCGAUCGCGAUGACGCUUUCCUCUGCCGGCGACAGGCGACACGAGGCCGACGAGGCGUCGGCAGUGACCGGCAGGCUGCGUUGGUUGGUGUCCGUGAACGGUUCUUACGGCACUACGGCGUACCGAAGUAACCGAAGUGCGUUGGAAACGCAGCAGGCCCGUGAGAACAUUGAAAAUUGAAAAGAGAGUAAACGAGAGCACAAAGCAUUCAGGGUGAUUCAAGGUGUCAUCCUACGUAUUGAUGGUUCCUCUAGACCGCAUCGCACCACUCCCUCUCCCAUCAUUGUGCUCUCGCCAUUGCUCGCAAUUGCUCGCUGCGUUUCUUCUCAAUCCGCCGCGAUUGACAUUUUGACAACGGUACCUCCGCUCGAUCGAUCACCAUUGAUCACGUUUUCACAUUUUUUCCACCCGAUCGGAAAGAGCAAGUUUACACUUGCUUACGCUCCUAUUCUCUCCCAAGGUCCACUCUUUUCCAUGUCAACAACACGCGCGUUUCUGCCAAGGCCAGCAGCGAGUUACACUCCUCACGUCGUCGCUGUCAUCCUCGAAAAAUUGUUGUUAUCGUACACGUCGCAUUCGCGCCACUGGGGAAUCUCGAGGAUCGCCGACGGCAUCGAGUGUCGAGACUGUCGGGAGUCGCGAAGGAGAGGGACGUCGUGCGAUCAGGUCGACGACAUCGCUCCUACCAACCUGAGAUGAGCGACCAUGGCUGCAUACAUUUAAAUAAUUUUAAAGCAGCAAAAGGUAUCCAACCGUAUAAAGUGAUACACUCGUUUUUUGUGACCAGUACAUCGACCGAGGCACGCGUCAGGAAGGCUGUGAGUUGUUUAUGUCACACAUGUAAAACUUAUAAGGAUCGCCUACAUUCUUGUCUUCAUUGUAUAUUUUUUGGCUGCUAUGUAAAAGGUCACAUACAAGAGCAUGCAAAAACGAAGAAACAUUUUUUAGCCGUUGAUCUGUGUUACGGGAAUAUUUUGUGCUUCCAAUGCGGUGAUUAUGUAUACGAUAGAGAGUUGUUAAAAGUAGCAAAAACGCAAUGGAGCGAGUUGGCAAAAUCCUUGAGCUUCGGGGAAUUUUAUCGUGCAUGGGAACCCACGCAGACGGAGGCGGAGUUGCUGAGAAAUCAUCCGCGCCGAAGACGCGUUGUAGAAAAUUCCACUAUAGGUUUAAGGGGACUCAUCAAUCUUGGAAAUACUUGUUUCGUAAAUUGCAUCGUACAGGCGCUUAUUCACACUCCACUGUUACGCGACUACUUCCUUGCUGACCGUCAUCACUGCCCGCAACCGAGUCUCUGUUUGGUCUGCGAGGUAUCCCAUUUGUUCCAGGAGUUCUAUUCCGGCAACAAAGCUCCAUUGACGCUUCACAAACUUCUCCAUCUGAUUUGGACCCACGUCAGACAUCUGGCAGGCUAUGAGCAGCAGGAUGCCCAUGAAUUCUUCAUUGCUACACUGGAUGUCCUUCAUAAACACUGCGAAGCCACUACGAUACUGGUCAAAGACAACCCUCAUCACUGCAAGUGUAUCAUCGAUCAAAUAUUUACUGGGUGCCUUCAAAGUGAUGUUGUUUGUCAGGCUUGCAAUGGAGUGUCUACUACAAUAGAUCCAUUUUGGGACAUAUCUUUAGAUCUAACUUCGGCAGCUAGUACCUCUGGUUCUAAUACACCCGGGCCACCCACUUCCUUGCUAGAUUGUCUGGAAAAAUUCACCAGAGCCGAGCAUUUAGGUUCUAGUGCAAAGAUCAAAUGUAGCAACUGUGAAACUUACCAAGAAAGCACAAAGCAAUUAACGAUGAAACAAUUGCCGAUCGUAGCAAUCUUUCAUCUAAAGCGCUUUGAGCACUUCAUAAUCCAGGAUAAGAUUUUUAAAAAGAAGAUCUCUACAUUUAUCUCGUUUCCGGAACAACUAGAUAUGACGCCAUUCAUGUCGCAUAGACGCAAUGGUAACAACAACAGCGCUAUGCUGAAUGGUUUGUCGAAAAACGGAGAGGAUAUGAGUUUCAGUGACAAUAGGUACUCUCUGUUUGCCGUAAUAAAUCAUGAGGGUUCUUUAGAGACUGGGCAUUAUACCGCUUUCAUCAGGCAACAGAGAGAUCAAUGGUUCAAGUGCAAUGAUCAUUUGAUUACACGGGCCAAGUUGAAGGAUGUCUUGACUAGCGAAGGGUAUCUCCUGUUUUAUCACAAGCAAAUUUUGGAAUAUGGAUAAAAUAAUAAAGUCUGAAACAGAAAAGAAGAUGUGAAUCAAGUCAUGUAAUUAAUUUAUUUA